CCCGUAACCACUCCCACCCUCUCUGCGCUGCUCUCUCCCUCUGUCUGUGAUGCUGCAGCUCCUCUCGUCUCUCCAGUCUCCGGUAAACAGCAGCCAUGGCGACAGUGGUCCAGCCGCUCACACUGGAGCGAGAUGUUGCAAGAGCAAUCGAGCUGCUGGAGAAACUGCAAGAGUCGGGGGAUGUUCCUGGACACAAGCUGCAGUCCCUGAAGAAGGUCCUUCAGAGCGAGUUCUGUACAGCUAUCAGAGAGGUUUACCAGUACAUGCAUGAAACCAUUACAGUGAAUGGAUGUCCUGAGUACCAAGCAAGGGCGACGGCUAAGGCCACAGUCGCAGCCUUCGCAGCAAGCGAAGGUCACUCUCAUCCUCGGGUGGUGGAGCUACCCAAGACGGAGGAAGGGCUGGGCUUUAACGUAAUGGGUGGCAAGGAGCAAAACUCCCCGAUUUACAUCUCACGCAUUAUCCCAGGGGGCGUAGCUGAAAGGCAUGGUGGCCUGAAGCGUGGCGAUCAGCUUUUGUCUGUCAAUGGGGUGAGUGUCGAAGGAGAACAUCACGAAAAGGCGGUGGAGCUGCUGAAAGCGGCCAAAGACACCGUGAAGCUGGUGGUUCGAUACACCCCCAAGGUGCUGGAGGAGAUGGAGGCUCGCUUUGAGAAGCUCCGCACGGCGCGGCGGCGUCAGCAGCAGCAGCUCCUGAUGCAGCAGCAGCAGCAACAGAACCUGAGCUCACAGCAGAAUCACAUGUCGUAGGGUGUUUCAAAAGAAGAAGAAGUAAGAAGAGUCAGCAGUUGGAUCCUUUCAGGAUGUGAGAAUCCCAAAGGAAUCUCCUUAAUGGAGAAGUAAAAGACUAUUUUAUUCCAUUUUCUGUGUCCCUUCCAGUUUACCACCAAUUACUGAGCAAGAACAGAGCAUUUAUCCUGAAGUUGCUGUAGAGAAAGUAUAAGGGAUGCUGAAAUCUAUCCAGUUUGGCUUCGUUCCCCUUUUCUAUGUCCUUUUUCCCUGCUGUGAAUUUUACCCAGACUUCCUUUUUUAUUCUUGUGUUUGCCGUUUUCUUGUUUUGACACUGAUCCAUUAGCUCACAUCUGUUACGCAGUCAGACAUUUGCUAUUUUUGCCAUUGAUAUCAUUUGUACAGUGGUGUUUCUAUCGAUUCUUCAACUGGUGCUUGUGUCGGAGCGAACAUUGAUUUCCUGUCCUGUUUUGGAUAAACUCUUUUUUACCUCUGAUAUUGUAGCAAGAGAAAAAAAAACAUUUUUUGUAUCUUGUAGAUUUAGCAAUAACACACACACACAUUUUGGUUUUGAAGCUGCAUUCAUGACGCGUACAACACACAAAAACAGCAUUUCUGUGCAAAUGUAAAGCACUGUAAAGUAAGCGGGAAGGCAGCUCCACAAUCCAAACCCUCUGUGCCAAUCAAAGAGAUUAUUGAUUCACAGGCGGCAUGUACAUUUUAAGUGCAAUAAAUGCAGAAAUUUUGAGAAUUUAUUCAGCAAAAUUAAAUGUAUUUAGAAAGCAUACAAUACAGUUGAGUGCUUUUUGUUCCUAGCACAUGAACAGAAUGUCACCUCAUCAUCUGUGAGUGAAACAAAAAGUUAAAAUUAUUUUUUCUGAAAAUGUACUAGAUGUUUAAGAUACAUUUUUAUCAUCCCUUUAAAUAGUAUAUGUAUUCUUUAUUUAAAAAAAACAUACAGAUUAUCUCAAAAUUUAUAUAUAUAUCACAUGAAUUCUAUCCUUUUUUAGGCGAUUGUAAAGUGUUUGAUCGAGUGGAUUAUUUUUUGCCUUUUUUUGUCCGAUUUUGGAGUUGAAGUGGUAACAUUCCACCUUUGUGUUUCCAUCCUCGUCUUUAAUGCAGAUUAUUUUGGGUAUUUUUUAUGUACUCCAUGCCAAUGUUCCCAUCUUUAAUUCGAGCAGCCAAACUUUUUUCGUUGAUGCAACUUCAGCAGCUUUACAAACCACAUGUUUUAUGUUUAAGACUAAAAAAUACACUCCAAAAGAAAAAUCAGAUUUCAAAUCCAAAAACAACGAUCUCAAAAAAAUGUAAAAUGUCAAAAAGGAUCUUUAGACAUUGAUCUUUCGAUUAUUGGGGAUUGAUGUAGAAGAGAAGCCCCAUUUGUGGAACAAUCGCUCGUUUUCUUUUCAUACUGUAUAUAAAUACAUAAAAACAUUUUUAACCUUCACAAAGUUUAAAAAAAAUUACAUCUUUAACCCCGUCAACAUCAGUUUUUGUAUCUCCAACUCACUCUUUCUUAAUUGACUUAGAUUUUUGAAGCCGUUAAACUUAAAGUGAUGGAGCAGAAAAACAACAACAAUUCUGUUGAUAUGCAAUUGUUAUACAUACUAUAUUUGUACAAAUAAAUCUAUGUGCUUGUGUAAA